AAAAUACAAAAACAUGUCCAUUUUUGCAGUUUUGUCCUCCAAAUAUUAGGAACCCAUAUAUCAUUGUAGACUGCUACUCGGAUCUCCGGCGAAAUAUGGAGGAAUCAUCGGAAAACAAAUCGAACAUAUCACCCGAGUCGUCUUCGUCCGUGGCUGAUUUCGGCGUAUUGGAGAAAGCCAAGCCAUUUGCCGGUGAUUCUGCCGUAGAAUGGGUCGAAUACGCUGUCCAACAGGCAGUGAUUACACAAAAAACCAUCGCGGAAACCCUAGAAUCCACAAUAUCUCUCACCAAAUCCCGCCUCUGCCAAAUUAAAUCAACUUCGACCGCUCAUCUUCAUAUGUCAAUCGAAACUCUGCAAGACCUGAAAUCUGAUUAUAAUGUUUAUGAAGCUAUUGUGUUUGGAAAAAUCAAAGAGGGUGUUUACUUUGCUGCUGCACAUCCGUUUGCUACCAGUGGAUUGAUUGUUGGCUCAGGGGUUCUGGCUGUCAAAAGCACAAGGCGUUCUUUAUACUACAACACACUACGUCUUUUUGUCAACGAAGAGGCCAUGCUUGCUAGAGCUAAUGCUAAGGUACAAAAGUUACGGGACUCUCUGAGAACCUUAACAGAAGAAAGCAAAAAGCUGGAGAAAUUCUCAUCAGAUGCUGAAGUAGAGCUAAAACGAGGGAGGACAAAACUCAGACAAACAGGAAAGCAAAUCCAGGGUGUCAUCACCUCAGCUUAUAAGAUCGAACGACAAGCCGGGGGCUUGAAAGACAUACUCAAAGAGCUUCCUAAUAGAGAUGCAUCAGCUUUCCGUUCAGAGGUGUCCCAACUUGCAUCACAAGCUAAACGAGAAAGGAGGGUUCUUAAUAAAGAGGUUAAAAAGAUAUCUAAUUAUGGUAUCUCCAUCUGAACAAACAUUCACAACAAAUGAUAUGAAAAAAAAUAUAUGGUAAAAGAUUGUUUUUUUUGGGUCCAUGGUGUUGUAUUUUUAAUCAGAAAGGCAUAAGCCAAUUUGGAAGUAUGAAAUGAUUUUAACAACCAAAAUGUCAGUACAACUUCCCUUGCAUUUGGUACAAAUCACUGUAACGUGGUAAUGCCUGUAUUGGCAUUUUUUCAAUAAUGUUUUACUUUAAGAAAGGAAGUACAAAACCCCUUUUUUUACUUA